AUGACGCAGAUGAACCGCAAGGAGAGCGGUCAGCACAAUGUUCUGGCCGAGAUCUGGGACACGCCGUACUUUACCACACAAUUGAAGCGACAGUCGCUUGAGGAGCAGGCCAAUGAGUUCCUCCCAUACUUCUCACUCGGCGGCUGUAUGGAGGGUCUGGACAAUCUGCUCCAAGAGCUGUACGGUGUCCGACUGGAGAACAGCGAAAUGGAGCCGGGCGUGUCCUGGCACAGCGACAUCUACAAGCUGGCCGUUGUGCAUGAGAGCGAGGGUCUGCUUGGCUACAUAUACUGCGACUUCUUCGAGCGGAGCGGCAAGCCCAACCAGGACUGCCAUUUCACAAUCCAAGGAGGAAAGCGGCUGCCCGAUGGAACCUAUCAGCUGCCCAUCGUUGUGGUUAUGCUGGGACUGGCCCAGCCCCGAUGGGCUGCACCGACUCUGCUGUCGCCGUCACGGGUGGAUAAUCUUUUCCAGGAAAUGGGCCAUGCCAUGCACUCUAUGCUGGCGCGGACCGAGUACCAGCACGUGACGGGCACUCGAUGCGCCACGGACUUUGCGGAUGUGCCGAGUGUUCUCAUGGAGUACUUCGCCAGCGACCCUCGCGUGCUGCGCACAUUCGCCCGCCACUUCCAGACGCACAAACCCAUCUCCGAGGACAUGGUGCAACGGCUGUGCGCCUCAAAGCAUCUAUUUGCUGCCAGCGAGACACAGCUCCAGGUCUUCUACUCGGCCCUGGAUCAGGAGUAUCACGGAGACAUGGCCCAAAAGGGCGGCAAUACCACGGAGACUCUUAAGGCUUCUGGAGAGAGGUACCGAGCGGAGAUUCUAGCCCAUGGAGGCGCCGUGCCCAGCAGGCAGCUGGUGGCCAACUUCCUGCAGCGCGAGAUGACUCCCAGCGUGCUGGCCAAUAGUCUGAUACACGAGAUCGACACGGACGAGACCAAGAUCAAGGAACUGAUAGUGAGCAGAAGUUAA